GUCUACAGAGCAAAUUCUCGGACUAGCUAGAGCUACGUAUAGAGAGACCAAAAACCAAACGAACAAAAAAGAGGAAAGAAAUUUUCUUCUGGAAUGCCUCGUGCCUUGUUUUCUUAAACUGCUCGGUCAGCAAGGAGCUUUAUCUGGUAGGGAUUUUUAAGCCUUUCCAUCUCGUACCACGUAGUUAAAAGAAGGUGGCUGACCCGGCCAGCCAAAGGACCCAGGAGGACGGUGGGCGUGGCCUACUAGGGGCGGCAGGAGGGGACGCCCCCUUCCCAGCAAGCACGGCGGCUGCAGGAGCGUGGCUCCGGCCGGCUUUCUCCGGUUCUGUACCGCCCCGCCAUGGAGGAGCUUCAGAACGGCGCGGCGCUGCCCAGGCGCGGGCGGGGGAGGCGGCGGCGCCAGCCGCAGCCCCGCGACGGGUCGGUCUUGGCCCUGCCCUCAAGGCCCCGGAGGAUCCGCAGACAUCGGAAAACUGCGGCGGCCCGCGUGGCCGCGCUGAGGGCUCGCGCGCUACUACGGAAGGCCUCGGCCUCCAAGGUGGAGCCGGCCGCGGGCUCGCUGGAGGCGCCUGCCGAGCGGCGGGAGCCCUCGCGCUCGGCGGAGCGGCGGCCGGCUUCGGUGUCCGUGCGGCGCCGCGUGGAGGGACGGCCCGCCGUCUCUCGCCUCCUGGGGACUCCGGCCCCCGUUCCGGGCCCGCGCGUGGAUGACGCGGAGCGGCCGUGGGACUCGCCGCUGCAGCAGGUGUUGGCCGAACUGAACGGCAUCCCCAGCAGCCGGAGGCGCGCCGCCCGCCUCUUCGAGUGGCUCCUGGCGCCCCUGCCCCCGGAUCACUUCUACCGGCGCCUGUGGGAGCGGGAGGCGGUGCUGGUGCGGCGGCAGGACCCCAGUUACUACGGAGGCCUCUUCUCCACCGCCGACCUGGACUCGAUGCUGCGCCACGAGGACGUGCAGUUCGGGCAGCAUCUGGACGCCGCGCGCUACAUCGACGGGCGGCGGGAGACCCUGAACCCACCCGGCCGCGCCCUGCCCGCCGCCGCCUGGUCACUGUACCAGGCCGGCUGCUCCUUGCGCCUUCUCUGCCCGCAGGCUUUCUCGCCCACCGUGUGGCAGUUUUUGGCUGUGCUCCAGGAACAGUUCGGGAGCAUGGCCGGCUCUAACGUUUACCUCACGCCCCCCAACUCCCAGGGCUUUGCCCCCCACUACGACGACAUUGAGGCUUUCGUGUUGCAGCUGGAAGGUCGGAAACUCUGGCGUGUCUACCGACCGCGGGACCCAAGUGAGGAGCUGGCUCUGACAUCUAGUCCCAACUUCAGCCAGGAGGACCUUGGUGAGCCGGUGCUACAAACGGUGCUGGAACCUGGCGACCUGCUUUAUUUUCCUCGGGGCUUCAUUCAUCAAGCCGAAUGUCAGGAUGGAGUCCACUCUCUGCACCUCACCUUGUCCACCUUCCAGCGCAAUACAUGGGGUGACUUCCUGGAGGCUGUACUGCCCCUGGCCGUGCAAGCAGCCAUAGAAGAAAAUGUGGAGUUCCGCAGGGGUCUGCCACGAGACUUCAUGGAUUACAUGGGGGCCCAGCAUUCAGACUCUAAGGAUCCGAGAAGAACAGCUUUCAUGGAAAAGGUGCGGGUCUUGGUUGCACGCCUGGGACACUUCGCUCCCGUCGAUGCUGUGGCUGACCAGAGAGCCAAAGACUUCAUCCACGAUUCUCUGCCCCCCGUGUUGACUGAUCGGGAACGGGCACUGAGUGUUCACGGGCUCCCAAUUCGCUGGGAGGCUGGAGAGCCUGUCAAUGUGGGGGCCCAGUUGAGCACAGAAACAGAAGUCCAUAUGCUCCAGGAUGGCAUAGCUCGGCUGGUGGGUGAGGGAGGCCGUUUGUUCCUCUAUUACACGGUGGAAAACUCCCGUGUUUAUCAUCUGGAGGAACCCAAGUGCUUGGAAAUCUACCCACAGCAAGCUGACGCCAUGGAGCUCUUGCUUCGCUCCUACCCAGAGUUUGUGAGAGUAGGGGAUCUGCCCUGUGACAGUGUGGAAGGCCAGCUUUCCUUGGCAACCAUGCUGUAUGAUAAGGGGCUGCUGCUCACCAAGACCCCUCUUGUCUGAGUUAGUGUCUAGAGGACGGCUGGAAAGAACGGGGUCGUGACUCUCCCUCCACCACCGCCGGCACCUUUUUCUCCCUUAAAGAAGUCAUGGUCUUACCUUGCUGAGCAUCAGUAUGGUUACGUUUACCUUUAUGGCUGCUUCAGUGUCGCAAAGCUCGGACCCUUUUCUAGGAGGAACCUCUUCAUCUAGUUGGACGAAACUUCCCCAAAUCUGGCAAGUGCAUAUUCUCAUGAUUGGUGGAAGAGAGCCUGGUGCACCAGAAAGAGCACUUGGAAGCAGAAGAUCCGGGUUUGGGGUGGUAGCUGGUAGGCAACUGGCUGAAUGACCUGAGGUUGCUGCUUACAGAUUUUGUAAGUAUAUUUUGGUAUAGUUCAACUUUUGACCCCUCAUCAUCUAGAGUGUAUCUAGGCCUCUUAAGAUCAUGUCAUCAUAACUCAUAGAUUCCGUUUUUAAGGUUGAGACCUUUCAGAAGUUAUUUUUUUCCUUAAGUUAGAACAUAACGUGAUGGUUCUCCUUCCGGCUGCACUUUCCGGAGAUGGCCACUCUGACAGAUGAAAUGUGUAGGGUCUUUUGGGGUGCUUAAUCAAACACACAUAGUAGUAAUUUGUUUUUCUAAAGACUUGUGCUUUUCUACUACGUCCUUUUAAACUCAGUUCAGAUGGAGCUACCUUUUAAGUUACACACAGUUGCAGAUGGAUAGAAACCUGGGGAGCAGGGACAGUGAGUGGCCUUCCUGACUUAAAUCAUACAGGGCUCCUGGGAAGGUCCCCGGUGUCUAGGUCCCCGGAUAGUCUGGUAGGAAGAGUCAAGGGCUGGGUUCGCCCAGAGGAAACCUACCCUCAAAAAUGUCGUCAAGGAAAGUGUGCAGUUCCAGUGGUUUUUGGCCCUCCUUGGGUUCUGAGUAAAUACGUCUUGCUUUUUCCUUCACAUUCUUUAUGGCCACUUCCAUCUUCAAUAUUUUCUCCGUCAGCAAGUGCUUUUGACUUAGUGUUUCAAUCUAAGGGGAAAAUGUUUAGGAAAGCAAGCAACCAACAGGAUUAAUGAGGAAAAAGCUUUAGAGUAGUUUGAUUAUGCCAAGCAUGGAGCUGAGAAGCUGAGCAAGAUGAUCAUUAAAGUCAUUCUGAGCUACAUAGGAAAACUCUCAAAAAACCAAAACAAAAAA